UUGGUUUUGAUGAUUUCAACUUUCACAGGUGUUCUAAUGAACUAGUAAAAGGUGGAGAAGAAAGCAAAGCCAAUUUUGAUGAUUUCGAUCUUUACAGGUAUUCUCAUGAGUCAGAAAAAG